AUGGCAGCCAAAGAGUGGCCGAGAGAGCUUGCACCGCUGUCAAGACCAGGGGUGUCGGUGCUGGUGCGUUCCUCACGACGCACACGGCGCCUGGAUCCUCCAGUGCUCGUAGGGGUUGCUUCAUCCGAUGAAGAAGAGUCAGAGGAAGAUUCAGAUGGGGAUUCCGACGCAGAUUCGGAAGAGGAGGAAGAUUCAGCAGACGAGGUAGGUUCAGCCGACGAGGAAGAUUCAGCAGACGAGGUAGGUUCGGCGGAAGAGGAAGAUUCAGCCGACGAGGAAGAUUCGGCGGAUGAGGACGAUUCAGCCGAAGAGGAAGAUUCCGCAGAGGACGAUGAUUCAGCAGAAGAGGUAGGUUCGGCCGAAGAGGAAGAUUCGGCAGAGGAGGAAGCGGCAGCCGAAGAGGAAGAUUCAGCAGAGGAGGUAGGUUCGGCCGAAGAGGAAGAUUCGGCAGAGGAGGAAGCGGCAGCCGAAGAGGAAGAUUCAGCAGAGGAGGUAGGUGCAGCCGAAGAGGAAGAUUCGGCAGAGGAGGAAGCGGCAGCCGAAGAGGAAGAUUCAGCAGAGGAGGUAGGUGCAGCCGAAGAGGAAGAUUCGGCAGAAGAGGAAGAUGCAACCGAGGAAGAGGUUUCAGCAGCCGAAGAGGAUGAUUGGGCAGAAGAGGUAGGUGCAGCCGAGGAAGAAGAAGAUCCAGCAGCGGAAGAGGAUGAUUCAGCCGAGGAGGUAGGUGCAGCCGAGGAGGAAGAAGAUCCAGCAGCGGAAGAGGAUGAUUCAGCCGAGGAGGUAGGUGCAGCCGAGGAGGAAGAAGAUCCAGCAGCGGAAGAGGAUGAUUCAGCCGAGGAGGUAGGUGCAGCCGAGGAGGAAGAAGAUCCAGCAGCGGAAGAGGAUGAUUCAGCCGAGGAGGUAGGUGCAGCCGAGGAGGAAGAAGAUCCAGCAGCGGAAGAGGAUGAUUCAGCCGAGGAGGUAGGUGCAGCCGAGGAGGAAGAAGAUCCAGCAGCCGAAGAGGAUGAUUCAGCAGAGGAUGUAGGUGCAGCCGAGGAAGAGGAUCCAGCGACGGACGAGGAUGAUCCAGCGGAGGAUGUAGGUGCCGCCGCGGAGGAGGAUCCAGCAGCCGAAGAGGAUGAUUCAGCAGAAGAGGUAGGUGCAGCCGACGAAGAAGAACCGGCGGCGGACGAGGAUGAUCCAGCGGAGGAGGUAGGUGCAGCCGAGGAAGAAGAUCCGGCGGCGGACGAGGGAUGA